CUGCCGCUUCUCCCGUCCACGCUCCGUGUUUAUCGCGACCUGCUCCUCCACGUUUUUGUUCUUAUAAACAAUGGUCACCACCCGCUCCGCCACGGGAAAAACCCCCAAGAAGCCUGCCAACCCCAACUUUGUCGAGUCCGUCCAGAGAAGAAGGUCUCGUGUCGACAAAAACACGUCAACAACAACAUCAUCGAGCCUCGCCGACGAGAUGCCUGCUAUCAACGGCAAGAACAAAGACAAUGAGCUGUCCCAGGCAGAGAAAGAGGACUCGCAUGUCGAAUACGACUUUGGCGGCCCCAUUGGCGUCUCCUGCAUGAUGGUCGGCUUCCCGGCGCUCAUGUACUAUCUCUGGAUCUCUGCCACUUUCUACGGCGGCAUCCCCGCGACCAUUGCUGAGGGUGAGACCGUCAAGGACUUUGCGCUGCGCAUGUACGGCCACGUCCUCGCCAACGCGUUCCCUGAUCUUCGCGCGUGGUGUCUUGUCUGGGGUUUCCUCUUCUUCGAGGCCGUCCUCUACGUCACGCUUCCCGGUGUCUCGACCCAGGGUCUUCCUCUGCCUUCUCUCAAGGGCAAGCGUCUGCCUUACUUUUGCAACGCCGUCUGGUCGUUCUACACGACAAUUGCCGUUGCCGCUGUCUUGCACGUCACCGGUGUUUUCCCGCUCCCGACCAUCAUCGACCGGUUCGGAAAUAUCAUGUCGGUCUGCAUCAUCUCCGGUCUCAUCCUCCCGUUCGCUCUCUACUUUUGGGCCAUCGCGACCGGAAACCAGCACCGUAUGUCUGGCAACUUCAUCUACGACGUCUUCAUGGGUGCCGUUCUCAACCCGCGCAUCGGAAUCCUCGACUUCAAGAUGUUUUACGAAGUCCGUCUGCCCUGGUUCAUCCUCUUCUUUAUCUCAGUCUCCACCGCCGUGCGUCAGUACGAGACCUACGGCUACAUCUCGCCCCAGGUGUGUUUCGUCGUUCUCGCGCACUGGCUUUACGCGAACGCGUGCUGCAAGGGUGAAGAGCUCAUCGUCACGACCUGGGAUAUGUUUUACGAAAAGUUUGGAUUUAUGCUUUUGUUCUGGAACAUGGCCGGUGUCCCGUUCACCUACUGCCACUGCACUCUCUACCUGGCCAACCACCCGCCAACCGACUACCAGUGGUCGAUCUACUACAACAUUGCCAUCUUCACCAUGCUCCUUUGCUCGUACUACGUCUUUGACACCACCAACUCGCAAAAGAACCGUUUCCGUCAGCAGAUGUACGGCACCUUGAUUGUUCGCAAGACCUUCCCGCAGCUGCCGUGGCAGACAAUCAAGAACCCUACCUACAUCAAGUGCAAGAACGGCGGCACCCUGCUCACCUCUGGCUGGUACAAGUACGCGCGCAAGAUCCACUACACCGUCGAUUUCUGCCAGAGUUUAUCGUGGGGUCUUAUCACCGGCUUCGCUAGCCCCCUGCCUUACUUCUACCCCGUCUUCUUCUUUUGUGUGCUGAGCCAUCGCGCGUUCAGAGAUAUUCAGAGAUGCAAGGCCAAGUACGGCGACGACUGGAAAGAGUACGAGCGACAGUGCCCGUACUUGUUCAUUCCCUAUGUGUUCUAAGUGAGAACUGUAGACAACGAGAGAAAACGUGAGGAUCUCUUCUAGUUUUCUCGUCUGCUGUACAACAGAUGUAAAAGUUCCAAGUGUGUGUGGGAAGAGUGACGACGAUCUUGGAAAGGCGAUAAUGUUCGAUAGAGUCAGGUGUAGUUUUUGGAUACGAUAUGUUACGAAGUGGUUUUAUCUUUUCGCCGAUAUCAAAGUACAUUGUCGUUGUAUAUCUGCGCAAUCAUAUAUCCUCCAAAUUCAUGUCCAGUCACUGCAGUCUUUGCCUCUCUGCUUCCUGAAUGUAAACACAGCGUGAAGCUGGAAAAAGUAAACAAAAGCUGUACUACCCUAACCCGUGAUGUCCCGUCGCGUUGCGUCGUAUGCUACACGCGUAGGUUGAUUGA